AUGGCAGCCUUCGUGAGGAGCGUGGGCCUCGUCCUGAGAUUCGGACAAAGUCCGAGUUUAGCGAAUGCCCAAGGUAAUCCUCUCAUAAUAACAAAGCGAUAUGUACGAGGACUUAAGAGGAGACCGGUAAAAGUGAUCCAUCCGGAUGGAAAAGAAGAGAGACUGGUUAAAACUCCUCAACCUCCUAGUCGCCAGAAAGACGAGUUGCACGCCAGGACAACUAGGAAAGAUGAGAGCGAAAACUUCAAUGCCACACGUUUCCAUUCCCGAGAAAAUGAUCUGCAACUCAGCAAAACGCCGAAGAAAAGCAAUGAGUUGCUCUCAAAUAGUGUUACAAUGGUGGAUGGAUUACGGUUUGACAGAGCCAAGCCCGAUGACAAACGACUGUCAAAGCUGGUUACUAUUGCACGCUCCAGAACGUACAGGGAGCACCAGGGCAAGAUUCUUCUGGAGGGCAAACGUCUGAUCUGCGACGCAUUGGCAGCCGGAGCCAAGCCCCAGACGGUGUUCUUCAGCUCCGUCGAGCGACUAACUGAACUGCCUAUGGACAAACUUCAGCGAGCAAGCCUGGUCAAAGUCAAGUUUGAAGAAAUAAAGAAAUGGUCUGAGGUCAUUGCCCCCCAAGGAGUUAUAGCCAUAUUCACAAGACCCGAUGUGCAGAAGCUGUCUUUUCCGAAGGAAAAACGAGGCCAGUCAGUGCCAAUGUCCCUGAUUUGCGACAACAUCCGCGACCCUGGUAACUUGGGUACCAUCCUUCGAUGCGCUGCUGCUGCUGGAUGUGACAGCGUUCUUCUUUCCAAAGGUUGUGUGGACACCUGGGAGCCUAAGGUGUUACGAGCUGCCAUGGGCGCCCACUUCCGAAUCCCCAUCAUCCCCAGCCUGAGCUGGGAGGACAUCUCCCACCACUUACCCAGUGACGUGACCGUGCACGUGGCUGAUAACAACAGCACCAGCCCUGCCAGAGACAGCGUCAUCGUCGACAACCACCAAGAGCCCAAGGAGCUGGCCAAGCCAAGUGACUAUGGCUGGGUGAGCGGUAGAAGGGAGAAGCGGCAGCUGCAACAGCACUCUCAGCUGGACUACAGUGAUUCGGACUCGGAGAGCAACAGUGACUCUGACGUGGAGGAGGUGGACGAGCUGCCCCAGGUGGAGCCCAGGCUGUACCACCAGCCCUGGGCCCAGAGGAGCACCGCGCUGGUCAUCGGAGGAGAGACGCACGGGCUGAGUCUGGAGUCGCUGCAGCUGGCCGAGCAGACGGACGGCCGCCGGCUCUACGUGCCCCUGGCCCACGGCGUGGACAGCUUGAACUCGGCCAUGGCGGCCAGCAUCCUGCUGUUCGAAGGCAGGAGGCAACUUCUCAUGAUGAUGACGAAGGGGGCUGGUGCUGAAAGAUCUGGCAGGAGAGUCAGGAACUAAAAACUACACACUAGUAUUGACCCAGUCGGCUCCUCUGGGCCCGCUCAUGAAAACGAUUGUUUUCCCCCAUGUUUGCUCCACCCGCUGCAUGUAGUGGCUAAUUAAUAUGCCUAAUGACUGGCAGUGAUUGGCACUGCACGACCACGGGUGGAGCAUUUGGGGGGGGUAAAACGUGCAGUUUUAUGGGCGGGCUAGAGGUGCCAACUGGGUCAAUUUACAAGCACUUUUCUUAUUGGACUGGACAUUUCUUCUCAUGUCUUGUUUCUUACAUGUUAAAUUGAACUGGAUUCAGCUAUGUUACUAUCUUGUCAAACAUAUCCACGGGCAAAAUGACUCAACACAUUACACUAGGAAAUUAAAUGUUAUGGCAUCACUCAGAAAAAUGUUCUACGAGGAUUUUCCAUCUGAAUGCGUGGCAUUACAGUUGCACAUAAUUAUCAUGACAAAUUACAUGGUGGUAAAUCUUUUAUAGUAGUUAUCUGACAGGAAUUGCGCCCUCAAGGCUGUGCCACACAUUUUACCUCAUCACUAACAGUGAGGUAUAAUCAAGACAUCUUGUUCUGUUGACAGAUCCAUCCCAGGUCUAGCAGAUAGCAAGGGGGAGUUGACUGCACUGAUGAGGGACAAGCAUGCACUAACAGGUCUCUCCUUGUCUGUGUUUACUUGAUGUCUCAAAGAUGGAGAUCAGCUGGAGCUUUUGUGAAGACGAGCGAGGUCAUACAAAAAGGAACUCUGUGUGCUUGAGUUGACUUUUAUUAAACAAAAUCGAGGCUCAAGACGAGCCAUUGGAGGCCAGGUAUAACAACAGUUUAAAAUAAUCACAAUAAACACAAUAUAUAAAUUGAACAUUUUGUACAUCACCGCCUCUCCGACUGGUGUUUUUUUAAUCCAACCAGCAGGGGGCGCCUACAUCUACAAUGAAUAUCUGACUGGCAGACGCUAAUGGAGACUAUUGUGUAGUACUCACAGAUAUAGGUCUGUGGUAGUACUAUUGAAUGUUACUUGGAGACGAAGCAGCUGGGAGAUGAAUCAAUGACUAGUCAUUAGUUACUCUGAUGAAACCAUAAAAUAAAAUUGUGUCUUUCCUUAAAGGUGAAGUGUGUUAGAAUUUUAGAAGUUUAUUUUCAAAAUGUAUGCUGCCCAAUCACAAUAUUGAUCUUUUUCAUGAAUACUCAAACUAAUAUUUACUGGUCUGAAAAGAGUGGGUUUGGCAGCCAAAUGCAUUCAGGACUGAACAUUCAAAAUGGCCGACUUACAUUUGUGAAAAGUGUACAUUUCCAAGCCAUACUGGAGACAGAAGCGAUAGUGGUAGAAAAACAUAAAUCUCCAAGUCAUGAAAAACAUGACAUUUGUGAAUGAGCACUAUAAAUUCUGGAAAUAAACCACUGAAAAAAUACAUACUGGACCUUUAAAUAAAACCUUUAAGUAAACAAAGGAUAAUGUCCAUUCUCUGAUCGAUCUGUCCUUGUGAUGACUUCAACCUUCACCGAGCACCCACACAAGUUUCAAGACACGAUGAUGAUGAUGACGCACAUGGGUUAAGUUUAAAAUAGCCGUUAUGUCAACAAAUAGGAAAUGCAAAUUAUAUUUGAAAUGGUAAAAAAUAUAACAAAAAAUAACCUGAAUUUUUAUGAUAACAUUUGUGAAUACAUGAUGACCACUUGUAAUGAGAAGCAACUAGCACAGUCAUAUCAGGUGCAGCAUUUCAAAAAGCGGAAGUACAUUCUGGAGAGAGAAUACUAUUUUGUUCUUUGUUUUUUUAAGAAAGUUUUUGCACAAUAUUUAUAUAACACAGCUAUCAACUUAAAAUCUGUUGCAAUCAUUUUAUUCUUUCUCUGGACACAUGUAAAAUAAGAAGAAAACAAAAAAGUCACAUUGAUUUAAAAAAGAAAAAGCCAAAGCACAUAUGCAUAAACUGAAAUUCAAGUCCGUUCAGUCUUUGUUUGUGUGGGGGAUAUCAACAAGCAUUUCUCAUAAGGAAACACCAGGCAAGAAAGAGGCGCAAACAGAAGGAUAGAACAGGAGAAGGGGGAAAAA